UAGAAAAAGAAGGAAAAAAAGAAGAUAAUGUUAAUAACGAAAAAAACUGUUGGUUACAUAUUCACUGUUCAUUCUCAUUGCCAACAAGUUCAAUUGGGAUGUAAGUUUGAGUCAAAGUGGGAUGAAAAGGGAUAAUUUUGAUAAGUUAAUAUCAACAAUUAGAUCAUGUAAUUCCCAAUGAAAUACUGGGAAAAGGUUUGAGAAAGAUAUUCCUGAGAUUCCAUGAAAGAUGAAAAAUAUGAUUCAAUGUUGAUAUUUAAUGUUAGAUUUACCAAUCAUAUCGUAUACUUGAAAUAUACAUUUUUAAAGUGCAAAGUGAAAAUAAUGGUUGAGCAAGUGAUGAAAAAAAGACUGAUCAUCUAUGCCAAGGUGAGGACACAGAUAAUUCAUGAAACCGUGAUAUUAAUGAGCUUUAUAUCCUUGAAAGUGUUUUCAAAGUGUUGAUGAACAGUGUUACAAAGAGCUUUUGAUUGGGUCAAAUUUCAAUCAAUAUUUCGUGUCCAAUUUAAUUGCGACUGAUUAAGAUUGUAAAAGGGUUUGGACAAUUUUUCACAGCAAAAGUUACAAAUAAGGAAACGUGAUUGAAAAGGUGAUCAACAUCAAUCAAGUUUAUCAGAAAAUGUGAAUUUAAAUGUUUAACUGCAAUUGGAAACAAUUGUCCAAAUUAAUAAAUCGUGUCAAUUUGUAUUACAAUUACUAAUUACUAAUGGAAAGAAACAAUGAUUGUUACUUAAUAAUUACAAAAUGCCAUAAGCAUGAGAGCAACAAUAAAGUUGAAAGGGAAUACAUUUUUGCUUUUUUUUGGGUUUUUCAUUUUCCUUAAAAUGAAAAACUGGUAACAAAAAUGGGUUUAUCACCCAAAAUGAUUUAGAUUGUUAUCAAGUUGCCGUUGAAACAAUGAGCUGGUUAAACACAAGAGCAAUUAAACAAUUUGCAAAUUAAAAAUUAAACUCUCUUCAUCAUUUUGAUGAAAUACAAUUUGUCAAGGUUAGUUGUUUGAUUGCAAACUGGUAGAGACAAUCAAAUUGUAAGAAUUAGCUAACGAAUGAUACAGAUUAAGACUGAGAAACGAUAGGAAUGAAACAAUGAUAACAAUAAGCUUAGAGUAAAGAAAUGAACAAAAAAUGAACAAAAUACCAACAAGGAAAGUGCCGUAAAGCUUAAACAUGUGAAUGUAAAAAAAAGCACGCAAUUAGAGCACUUGAGAGUCCAGUUGUUGCUCUUGUAAUUGGCAAACAAUUGAAUUGAGUAAAUGUCCAAUUCACAAAUACAUGAUUGUCUUUGACUAUUGCAACAGUGACUGUUGGUACAACAGGUGACAUUGAAAUUGACACUUCGUAAAAAUGUCAACUCUAUUAUUAGGUUAGAAAUGAAUGCAACAAAGAGAUUGGGGGAGAAACCUAAAAGUGACCAAAUGAUUUUUGGGCCUGCCUUUUGAUUAAAACCUAAUCUCAAUCUGAUAUAUAUAAGAAAGUUUCACGGAUCUUAUCUAGUAUCAGUUUCCAAUUGAUUUGAGUAACAGUAACAGCAAGAAUCUGAUUAAUCUGGUGUUCAGUCACGUUUUAAAAGAGAAAUAGUUUUCAACAGAUUUUUUCUUCUUCUUCUUAAAAACUUGUGUUCAUCACGGUGAUAGUGUUGGUGUCAAUUUAAGGAGUAGCCAAUCAUGGCCUGGAUCAAUCAAUCGUUAAUCAAUGGUGUGUUUCAUACUGCACUGGCAGUCAAUUUACUGUUAACCCUGAUUAGUAGUAAUGUUGGCACUCUGGAUCCUAGUGACAAUGAGGUGACAAAUGAAGUAAAUGAUUUACAAGUGGCUGAAACAAUUCCUGGUAAAGCGUAUUCGGCAGACUCUCUGGAUGAGGGUCACCAUGAGUCUGGUGGUAAACUUCACUAUCAAUCUCAUCAUGGAGAAAAGCAAGCUGGCCAUGGACAUUCAGAGGAUUUCCGGGAAGCAGGUCAUUUGAAGAAAGGUAAGGGAGGUCAUCGGUUCCAUGAUGUUGGUUCACACCACAAGGAAGCCGGAUCGGCAGUAGGUCAUGUUGACUCUAAAGCUCAUAAAGAGCAUAAAAAAGUUUUGAAGCACAGUUGGGACCGAGGAGGUGGGUUUGUCAAGAAAUGGCACUGGGACAAAGGUGCUCAUCUUGAAAAGGAGCAUUCAGAUGCUUCAAAGAAACAUUUGGCCCAUAAAAAGCAUCACCAUCAUAAAGAGGCAGGAAAACGGAGCAAAGGAAAGAAAGCAGAUCAUCAACACCACAAAGAGGCUCACAAAAAGGAACACCAUAAAGCUUCUCAUGGACAGCAAAAGAAACUGCAAAGUGGACAGUUCAAGGAAUCGGCUCACCAUGAGAAAGACUCAAAAAGGAAACAUGAAAGUUCAGCUGAUGAAGGACGUAAAUGGUCUGGAUGGGGAUCGGGUGGAUAUGAUUCAGGUUGGGAUGGACCUUCCGGUGGAGGUUAUUCUGGAUGGUCAUCACCAAUGUAUGGUAAACACGGUUCUGGUUGGUCUGGAAUUAGAAAAUAUCUCAAGCCUACUUUUGAUGGGUUAAAUGAAUUUGCUGGAGGCGGAUUGGAUACUUUUGCCUCAUCUCAUCGGUACCAAGUGAGCAAGGAAAAACCUUCAUCACCUAUGAUUAUAGCAAAUGAAUCUCAAAAGCCAACCAAAUCAACUCUCAUUCAAACAAUUUACCCUAAAAACUGGAAAUAUGGACACAUCUUUGGAACUGGGUUAAACUUUUUACUGCCAAGAUCGGAAUAUUGAUUAACAUCAUUAACUUGCCAUAAGAAAUUAAUUUUUCUAAUCCAUUUAAAGUACAUAGAUAUAAAUAUAUAAAUACAAGUA